AUGAAAGAAAGAUCAAAUGGUAAUAAAGGUGAUAAUAGACGUAUCAAAUGUCAGCGUUCCAAUGUAAUGGGAAUGGCGAUAGUGGUAGCAGUAGCAGUAGCGGUAGUAGUAGCGGUAGUAAUAGCGGUAGUGAUAGUAGUAGCAGUGGCAGUAGUAGCGGCAGUAGCAGCAGUAGCAGUAGCAGCAGCAGCAGCAGCCUAUCGAUUGUUGGAUUCUCCUCUUCGGCAUCAUCAUCGUUCCGUCGCCCAGGCACCGGCAAUUCAAGCACAAUCUUCGCCCAGGCAACACAGCGGUACGUUGGAAGCUAGGGGACACAAGAGCGGCACUUUGGAAAGUGUGAAGAAUCAGAAAUCGGUACCGUUGGGUGAACCACCUCCAUUAGGUUUGUCACUGUCAACUAGUACUCCCCUAUUUAAGAAGAAGACGUUUGCUGAUUCACAACGCGAGGGUAGGGCAGGGAAUUUAGAAUUGGAAAAGAAUAAAAAUGGUAGAGAAAGUAGUAGAGGUUCGUACGGUCCUGAACCAAGUACUUCGCCAUAUCGGGAGUCAUUGAUGGAAUCUAGAUUUAGGCAAGAGAUGCCUCCGUACCGUCCGCCAGAAGUUCAGUUGAGUCAUAGUUAUAAAUCACAGGGUGAGAAGUAUGGCUCCCUGGUGGAAAGCAGUAAUCGUUAUCAUAGAGAUAGAGAUAGGGAAAGGGAGAUUCAUCAUAGGGAAAGAGUAAAUAGUUUGGACAAAACAAACACUUCAGCCUUUUAUCCAAGUUCCAUGCAUCCGCGUAAUAUGAAUAAGCAAGAUAAUACUGGUAGUAUAGGUAGAAGGCAUCAUGGAUGUUCAGUGUCGCUUUCAGAAGCGAAUGUUAGAGAUAUGUACGGCGCAAUGUUAGCCGAAAGAAAUGAGCCUUCGAAGAGCCUUGUCAGAGGUGUGGGCGUUUUGAGCAAUACGUCGAAGCAGAGAAGCCUCGAGGUUGCAGAACGAGAAAGAGAACGAGAGCGUGAUAGAGAAAAAGAAUAUAGAAGGAAUACUGCAUGUAACAAUUCGUUGGAUUGCAUGCCGCAGCCACUGGCUCGCAGUUACAGUUUUGUACAGCAGCAGAAACAGCAACAAAAGCUGCAACAAUUGCAUCAUCAUCAGCAGCAGCAGCAGCAGCAGCAGCAGCAGCAGCAACAGCAGCAGCACCAGCAGCAGCAACAGCAACAGCAACAGCAUUAAGGCCAGCGAUGCUAC